CUGGCAACUCUGAUCAGGUCCAAAACAAAGCUUUGAGUAAGCAUGCUACGAUGGCGGUGAAUUUGUUGCUGUGAUUUCAUAAAAUGAGCGACGUAGUUUCCUACAAUUUGAAAUACAGUGAAACUCAUGCAAUUUUGAUUGUUACUACACCAAAUGUAGAUGUGGAACAUGAAGAUUCUAUCAAUCUUGAAGUGCACGAAAAGGAGCUUGUGUUCACCGCACCGCCCUAUCAUUUGAGAAUAUCAUCCGACAAGUACCUUGUGAAAACAGAUGUGUAUCCCGAAAGCAUAGAUUAUGAGAAAUCCUCCAUCGUUUAUCACAUUCCACUGCAAACAGUCAGUGACGAACCCACAAAAUCAAACCAAAAUAUUUUUAAAUAUGGAUUUGGCGAUUUUUAUUGUUCCGUGCUGAAUAUUCAAAACAGUCAAGAUUUCAAAACAUUGACAAACCCUGAGAAUGUUUCAUUUGAAGAAAGAAGAGCUAAGCGCAUUAAAGACGAGCAGGACGAUUUUAAUCCUGAGCAUUACGGCAUGGAUUAUGUUCAAUACGUUAUUGAUAGGUUCGGAUUAGAAUCGGUUGUUAUUCCUUUGGAUGUAAAACUGACGGAUAACCAAAGAUACUGCAUCAAAUUACUUAUGGAGGAAAAAUCACAUAAAAUCGACGAUUACUGCGGUUUACAUGAGCAACCAUCCAUCCUUACUAGCUUGGUUGAUAUUUUACUAGCGGUGCUUUACGAUAAACUGAUCAACCACAACGAGCUUAACGAAGCGAUUUCACAUUUCAACAUUCACCGGAUAUCGGCCACGCUGUCUUACUUUGAAAAAUUUGAUUCGAUUCAAGAGGUACUCGUAGCAUUUUAUCGAAGAUGCUGUAUCUAUCCGCUGUACCGAAAUCAGAAUCUAGCCCAUACCUGUACUACCAUGUUGGAAAAUGCUUUAAAACAAGAUGAUUCAAAUGAAUGGAUCCUGGAAAAACUCUUGUAUUGCUAUGAGUCUUUCAAAUCGCAUGACACGGUCGUGCUCAACCAUUACUAUAUCAAAGAUUACGUGAAGCUUAUUCAAUAUUGCUAUGUGAGUGAUACUUUACGAGCUUUUACUAAGGAUAUUGCAGCGCUGUCUACAUCAAUCCGUGGGGGUUCAUUAGGACUGGAAAGGAUGUCUGUUGCUUUCAGAAUUAUAAAAUCAGUAAUGGAAGAAGACUAUGAAUCCACCGACUCCGAUGACACUAGUAAUUCAGACCAGGAUGAUGAAACCGAGUCGGAUUACAGCAGUACAACAACCAGUGAUGAUGAGGUCAUUCAUUAUCAGCCCGAAGAAAGUGUACUUGAUAAGUUAAAAAAUUUGAAAUUAAAACCCUAAUGAAACCGUG